UUAUUUUCAUGAAAACACCGUCCGGUAGUUAAGAUUAAUAAUUUAUCACCGCUGUUUAUUUACUCACGAACCGGAUAAGUCCGGAUAUUUGCAUAAGUUGGUACCAGGGGGUACCGAGCACUUUGAAACCAUUAAUUAGUGUUAAAACAGCCACGAUUCCAUCAACAAUACAGAAAAAUGAAACGAAACAAAUAAACAAUGCCUCUUGACCUUUUUGCGGCAAAGUGAAAGUGCGAAUAUUUCUAAUCCCAGCGUGUGUUCAAUUAAACUCCUUUCAGUAGUGUUGUAUGCAAAAUUGUGGAAAUCCCCCAAAAAUAUAGUCUCGAAAUCGACACUCGCUCCGAUUUGGACGUCGCAAAAGCCCUCGUCCAGCUAACAUGACGACAGAUUUGAGUGCCGGGACUGUGCCCCCUUUGUAUCGCGAAGUGUUCGAUGUGUGUUCCCACAAUGGGGAGCCAGUCCACAGGGACGUGUACCAGUGCCUUUUAUCCCAAUGUAACCUAAACACCACUCAGUUGAAAGUUAUCUGGGACCUUGCGGGGCCUUCGCAAGGCCUUAUCACGCGAACCAACCUUUACAAAACGCUAGCGCUAGUGGCUUGGGCACAACAGGGCAAAACACUAUCCGAAAAACUCUUCGAAACUGCUUCGGGAAAAGAAUAUCCGACUCCGAGUAUUGGUGACCUAACCCCUGUUAAAAAUCUAGUUUUGAAGCUCAAUUUAAAAGCCAAUCCUGCCGUUUUGGGGCUCACUUAUACUGAAAUCACUCAGUUGGAUACGAUUAGUGUUGAAUUGGUACCUGAGAAGAAGGGGCUGUUUCUGAAAUAUUCGGAAUAUUUGGUGGCUUCGAGACGAUUUAAUUCCAAAGUCACGAGGAGGUAUAAUGAUUUUUUGGCCUUGCAAGAACUGCUCCUUAGUCGGUUUCCAUACAGACUAGUCCCUCGCCUUCCUCCUAAAAAAAUCGUCUCCGACGCCCAUUUUCUCGAAUCUCGACGUCGGGGUCUUCACCGGUGGCUUACUCUCGUUUGUCGACAUCCAACGAUCUGCCACGAUGCUCUCGUUGCCUUCUUUCUCACUGACCAUGGUCCAGAUAUCCAGCACCGGAUCAGAGAUAUUUUCCGCCGAGCACCGGACGAAUUCAUGACUUCUGAUUUAGCCGCCACAGCUAAGAAUUUACUUCCAGCAGAUCACGGAGAAAUCGCAUCGAGUCGCGAACAAAUUCGAUCUCUAGUCCAAGUCAUUGGAAAACUAAAAUUACUAGCCGAAAACGCCGUUGAAAGACAGAAUUCUUAUGCAAGAGAUUCGGAAGAUUUUGCCGCUCAGUUGAAGAUUCUGAGUGCAUCGAGUAUUGGACAGGUGUUUGGGAGUCAGUGGGGGAGUAUGCAGAAGGGCUUCACGGCAAUAUCCAGGGAACUUUACUCCCUAUCAAACAAAUCGCAACAAAACGCCAACGUGGAGCAAAUCACUGUUUGCGAACGUCUUGCCCUUCUUCUGGAUGUUCUAAUUUCGCACAAAGAUUUAUGCGAACGUCUCGAAAAAGGGUUAGCCCACGACCACCAACAAGCCCUUUCCAAAAUGCUCUCUUUGAAAAAACGUAAAAUUCAGGGAGUAAUUAGAGGAACAGAUACCGAAAGUGUUGAACAACUUGAAGCAAAAAUGCUAACACAAGAAAAUAUUAUUUCCAAUAUAGAGCUCAGAUCUGAUUUUAGUCUUUAUUGUGUCCAUAUGGAAACACAAUUGGUGUACGCUUAUCUGGAAACUUUGUCUUCCAUUUUGAAUAGUUUGGUUUCGUUGCGAAUUAGAUCGCACUCAGAGUUGGCCGAUAUUUGGAAACAGGUUCAACCAACUGUCCAGGAAUAUCUCCCGAUAGAUUAUGGGGUUGUUAAUGGUAAAGCGUAGCUUUAAAAUUGCCUUAUCUUUAGGUUAAGUAGGUUAAAGGGGCCAAAUAUUCAAUUUAACUAUUAGUUAAGUUAUUAGCAAUAAGUCUCUACGACUCCUAAACAAAACAUUCCACUUUUACUCAAAUUCCACAUUGUGAUAAAAAUACAUGUAAAUAUUUUAUAUACUCUUAUUAUUAUAUGAAAUAAAGUUAUUUUCUAUCUUUUAA